AUGGGAACUGCCCACGGUGGAGAAGAAGCUCCUCUACCUGGAAUUGCCUGGAAUGAGGAUUUAAGGAGUUACAGCCAUGGGACAGCAGCAGGCAGCCACUUGUCAAACUCAUCUUCAAAGGUGGCAACAACAACUGGUGCCACCUGGCCGGAUGCUGCCAAUUCGAGUGACUACCCGUACGACUACCUGGAGGAGGAGGAUUACAUGCAGUAUGGCCCCUGCACAAAGGAAGAGGUACUUUCCUUUGGCAGAGUGUUCUUGCCAUCUUUUUACACCGUGGUCUUCCUGGUCGGGUUGGCUGGGAAUGCCCUCCUGUUUAUAGUCCUCAUUCUAACUCUUCCUUUCUGGGCUCUCUACAUUUCUCAGUGGGUGACCUGGGACAUCCUGUGCCCGGUAUUAAAUACCAUGUACACCAUGAAUUUCUACAGUGGUAUCUUCUUGGUGAGCUGCAUGAGCCUGGACAUGUAUCUGCAGAUAGUUCACGCGUGCUCCCCUCGCAGCUCCGUGGCAUGGAGGAAGUCUAUCCUCAUCUUGUUGAUGUUAUGGCUCCUUUCCAUCCUUCUCUCCAUUCCUGAUGGCCUCUUCGCCAGAACAAGGCAAAUCCACAACAAACCCAUCAUGUGCACCCAUGAUUAUGGCCAGAAGCACUUAUUCUGGAAAGUUGUCUUUCGGGUCAUUCAGAACACCCUGGGUUUCUUUUUCCCCUUCCUCUUCAUGGUGUUUUGCUAUUCCCGCAUUGCGUGUGUCCUCACCACGUCUCAGAUGCCUGGGUCAAGGAGAGCACUCUGCUUAGUGGUUGCUCUGGUGAGUGUCUUCUUUAUCCUGUGGUUCCCUUACAACAUUGUCCUCAUUCUUCACUCCCUCCAAGAUGCUGGCAUGAUCAGGAGCUGUGAGAGCAGCAGGCAGUUGGACUAUGCCAUGCAGAUCACGGAGAGCUUGUCCUUUGUCCACUGCUGCCUCAACCCUUUGCUCUAUGCUUUUGUGAAAAAAAGAUUCAGGUUGUAUCUGUGGAAGAUCCCUCGGGCCAUUUUCAGGAGAAGUGCUUUCUUUGACAUCCAGCCCUCAGAGACAAGCCAGUCUUGCAGCAGAUAUGCAGCCGAGAUAGAAAUGUUGAGUAUCACCAAUGCAUGA